AUGAAGAACGAUCAAGUGGUGACAGACCAAUCCCACAAACCCAGAAGAGCCAAAUCCCGCGAAGUAAGCUCGCGGUUUCUAUCAUCGCCAACCACCACAGAAACCACCACGCUCCCGUCGCCGAACCAUCCCAUCUCGCCGGUACGGCGCAAACCUGUUUCACCUUUCUCCGAUGCCCGAAAGCCCAAAACGCAGCUCGACGAUUCGGGCCCCACCCGCGGACUAUGGCCCUCUUCAAACUCGUCGCACAAGAAGCUCGACACUCUCGCCGACCAGCUCGGAAACGACAGGCGCGAAGAUCGCGUCCAACGUAAGGAUUCAAUCUUUGACAGAGGAAGGAGCUGCAGAGAGUUUGGUUCGUUGGAUAAUCCCAAAGAGAAAGGGAGAGAAAGCGCCAAAGAACGUCACAUACCGUUUCUUGGCGGGUCGAUGAGAUACACUGGAAAGUUCAGGUUUUCCAGAAAUUCUAACUCUUCUUCUUCUUCUACUUCGUCGUCUUCCAGCAAGUUUUCAAGCAGUUCGAAUGUGGCAGCUCCUCGGAGAUUUUCAGUGGACGAAAAUGCUCUGUAUCAGAAACAAUCUCGGAGAAAUUCGGAUGGUUUCCCGGAUACCCUUGAUUCGGAAUCAGAGUGCAGUGACGGCUCUUCAGGGAUGAUUAUGGGGUCUCCGAAUGUUGGUUCAGCUGCUCGGAAAUCGGGUGUAGAGGUUUCUUCCAAGUACAUGAAUGAGAUACCUUUGAGGCAUCGAAGAGGGACGUCGGAUUCUAACAUCGCAAAUCCGAUAUCGGGAGAUAAGUCUCCGAAGCCGAACAAAUUCACCAUUAAAAAUGUGAUGAGGAGGGCUCAUUCUCUGACGGCGACAACACAGUGGGCGUUGUCGCCGGGAAGAACAGGGUCGCCGACGAUGUCUGUGGAGAAUAAGGAAGUACCAAUGUCAUUUUCGAGCUUGAAGCCCCCUACAAGUCCCUCGAAAACCAAAGGGGUGGAGAAGUUGUUCAACUUGGGGUUGGACUUGUUCAAGAGUAAAAAAUCUUCUUCUUCUAAUGUCUUGCUGGUAAGGUCUAAUUCGGUUUCUUCGGGCUCAAGUAUGACAGAGAUGGGUCAUCAACUCCGGUUGCUUCAUAAUCGAUAUUUGCAGUGGCGGUUUGCAAAUGCUAGAGCUGAUGUUGUGAAUCAGAACAUAGCAGAUCAAGCACAGGUCAAUGUUUUAUAUGCUUGGGAUGCUCUGAUGAAGUUACGGCAUUCCGUGCUACAAAAGAAAGUGAAGUUACAAAAAGAAAGGCUUGACAUGAAGCUGAACUUCAUACUCUAUUCUCAACUUAAGCCAUUGGAUUCUUGGGGAGAUAUGGAACGGCAACACAUGGCAGCAGCUUGCAUGAUGAAAGAGUGCUUGCAUUCUGUUGUCUGCAGGGUGCCUCUCGUUGAAGGUGCAGAGGCGGACACUCAAUCUGCUUCUGUUGCUCUUCGACAUGCUUCGGAUCUCACCACUUCCAUUAAGUUGUUGCUUUCUAAUUUCUCACCAUUGGCAGAGCAAGCUGCUCCGUUACUGUCGGAAUUAGCGGAGGUGGUUGCACAAGAAAAAUUGCUUUUAGAGGAGUGUCUUGAGCUUUUCAGAAACAUUUCCACACUAGAGAUUGAAGAGAGGAGUUUGAAGUGCAGUAUAAUUCAGUUGGAACUUUGGAAACAAGAACAAAUUAAUUAGCAGCAACUAAGACAAAAAGAAAAAAGAAAAAAAGGGUUUGCGACGAAGUUAUAUAGCACGGGCGCUAAGUGACGUUAUAUUUCUUAGAAAUUGUUGGCUU